GCGGCGCGCCUGUCCGGAGCUCGGCGGCGGCGGCGGCGGCGCCGGAGGAGGCAGAGGCGGCGGCGGGCCCGGACGAGCGCCCGGAGGUGGCGGACGAGGCGCCGGGGGCCCCCAUGGGCGGGUGUGUGGGCGCCCAGCACGACUCCUCGGGCAGCCUCAACGAGAACUCGGAGGGCACCGGAGGUAGUCGCUUUAGGUCGUAACCAGCCUUUGAAAAAGGAGAAACCCAAAUGGAAAAGCGAUUAUCCCAUGACAGAUGGACAACUGCGCAGCAAGAGAGAUGAAUUUUGGGAUACUGCACCAGCUUUUGAAGGCCGUAAAGAGAUUUGGGAUGCCUUGAAGGCUGCAGCACAUGCUUUUGAAAGCAAUGAUCAUGAACUGGCACAGGCAAUCAUUGAUGGUGCGAACAUAACGUUACCACAUGGUGCACUUACAGAGUGCUAUGAUGAACUGGGGAAUAGGUAUCAGCUUCCAGUCUACUGCUUGGCACCACCAAUCAACAUGAUAGAGGAAAAGAGCGACAUAGAGACUCUGGAUAUUCCUGAGCCACCACCCAAUUCGGGGUAUGAAUCUCAGCUCCGUUUGCGCCUUUCCACCGGCAAGGACCUCAAACUUGUGGUCCGCAGCACAGACACAGUGUACCACAUGAAGAGGCGGCUACAUGCAGCAGAAGGAGUGGAACCGGGUAGUCAGCGGUGGUUCUUUUCUGGCAGACCUCUCACCGACAAAAUGAAGCUGGAAGAGCUGAAGAUCCCAAAGGACUAUGUUGUACAGGUUAUAAUGAGCCAACCUUUGCAAAACCCAACACCAGUUGAGAACUGAACUGGUCCUGUUGGCUGUCCCCAGAUCCCUCCUGCUCCUUUUUAUUGUUGUUGUUAUCAUUUCCUACUCUAUGGCGUGAAAUUUAUUUUCACUGCUCUGAAUUCCGUAUGAAUGGAUUUAGUUCUGAGGAAUUACCAGUGAAAACUUCCAUCUGUGAUGGAGACCAACGAAAAUAAUUAAUAAAACACAAAGAGCCAGCCUUUGAGA